CUUUAGACAGGACUCUCAUAAACAUUCAGCGACAUCAGAGCAAUUGGCAGAGUUGAGAAAAAAAAAUUACCUUUUCAUGAACUUCUAUGAAAAAUGCAAAUGAGCAAAGUGUGAGCUUCAAUGCUUUUGUCCAUAAAAACUCUUAGAGAAGAUGGCUGAUGUAAGCCUGAAGGAAGCAGCACUAAUAGUUGGUGUGGUGGCAGCCUGCUACUGGAACAGUCUCUUUUGUGGCUUUGUUUUUGAUGAUGUUUCAGCGAUUUUGGACAAUAAAGAUUUGCAUCCUUCUACUCCGUUAAAAAAUCUGUUUCAGAAUGACUUCUGGGGCACUCCAAUGUCUGAGGAGAGGAGUCAUAAAUCUUAUCGUCCCCUUACAGUUCUUACGUUUCGCUUAAACUACUUGUUCAGCGAGUUAAAUGCAGUUUCUUACCACUUCCUAAAUCUGGUCUUUCAUGUGGUGGUUUGUGUAGUUUUCCUCAAGGUCUGUAAGCUUUUUCUGGACAACAGGAGCAGCGUAGUUGCAUCCUUGCUCUUUGCAGUGCACCCAAUACAUACUGAAGCGGUAACUGGAGUUGUGGGCAGAGCAGAGCUUUUAUCAUCUAUCUUUUUUCUAGCUGCUUUUUUAUCAUAUACAAAAUCUAAAGGGCCAGAUAAUACCAUAGCGUGGACUCCAAUUGCAGUGACUGUGUUUCUAGUAGCUGUUGCAACACUGUGUAAAGAACAAGGAAUAACGGUGGUGGGGAUAUGCUGUGUGUAUGAAGUAUUUGUUGCUCAAGGGUACACCUUGCCAGUGUUGUUGGACACAGCUGUACAGAUUCUUCGAGGGAAGGGCAGUAUUCCUUUCUCUAUGCUCCAAACACUGUUGAAGCUCAUAGUCCUAAUGUUCAGUACACUGCUGCUUGUAGUUGUUAGAGUCCAGGUUAUCCAGUCUCAACUUCCAGUGUUUACAAGGUUUGAUAACCCAGCUGCUGUUAGUCCAUCCCCAGCAAGACAGCUGACUUUCAACUACCUCCUCCCUGUAAAUGCUUGGCUUCUUCUUAACCCCUCAGAAUUAUGCUGUGACUGGACAAUGGGAACUAUUCCUCUCGUGGAGUCUUUGUUAGAUGUUAGAAAUGUUGCCACCCUUACCUUCUUUUGCUUUCUGGGAUCUUUAAUUGUCUUCAGUCUCCGAUAUCCUGGGGAUUCCUCCAAGACUGUAUUGAUGGCACUCUGCUUAAUAGUGCUACCAUUCAUUCCUGCAUCAAACCUCUUUUUUCCUGUUGGAUUUGUAGUAGCAGAACGAGUGUUGUAUGUUCCUAGCAUGGGAUUCUGCAUUUUAGUAGCACAUGGAUGGAAGAAAUUAUCAAAUAAAAG